AUGCUUGUUAGACUCGCCUUUGAACCAUUUGGCAUAGAUAUAGAGAUCAAUACCAUUCGUGUUCAUGUGCAGGUCUUCGAGGAAGUUAUCCGUCAGUGCCUGCGCGAUGUUCGCUCUGUCCAAUUCCAGGGCCAUAAACAUGAGGCAGGCGAAUAUGAAGAUCCGGAGAUCGAUCUUCCUGAUAAUGGCGUAUUCCUCGCCCCAGGUCCACCGUGCGGAAGGGUCGAAUCGGUGCAGAUUCUCCCAGUCUGCACGCGGUUGAUAGUGCUUGGCUGUCUCCGGGUCGUCGAAGACGGAGGGCGGGUGGCGAUGGCAUCGGGGUUGUUUGUAAUAGCCAUCCUGACCAUGGUACUGUACAGGGCCAUUGGUCCUCAAAAUAAGGGCAUGUCAGGAAUGUAG